CCAAUGUAGAAGUCAAUCCAAAGCAAUCCGUUAAUCAGUUGCAGACGCUUUUAUGGUGCGUGCACGUUUCGUCCGUAUGGGUUCGUAUCGCCAGCUUUAACUCCGUUGCACAGCAGCUUGGCCGCUGUUUGGGAACAUUCUGACACGUUGUGAAAGAGACGCACAUAUUUUCGAUGACUGCCAUGUAUGGUCCUGUUCCAUAAGUGACGCAGUGACCGCUUUUCGUUGGGCUUACAUCAUCACUACAAACACCGCAACCAAAAGUAUGUGGGCCGCGAGGACACUUUUCUGUACCGCAAGGCUUGCUGCUUCGGCACCACCGAAGAACGCCACGAUAUGUUGGAAGUCGCUGCAACGUCAGCAGAUAACAAGAACAUCCAACUUCCACACGUCUCCGAGACGCUGUAUCCAUCCCAUAUUUCUGAUCGCUGCGAAGCAGAUCACCAAAGGUUUGGCAGUAAUUACUGGGAGAGGAUUUCGAAAAUGGUGGAAGUCAUUACCGUCAGACAAGAAGGCAUAUUUCAUAGCUGUCGCUUUCAAGAACAAAUGGAAAAUCGCAGGCUACUUCGGGGUGGCGUGGGGCAUUGGAGGAAUUUAUUACUUCAGCCACAUCCAAGUAACGCCAAUCACUCACAGACGCCGCUUUGUUGCCUUCACCCGUGAGCAAUUUAGGAAGAUAUCUGACUUUGAGUUUGAAAUGCAAUAUGAGCUCUUCAAACCCCACCUUCUGCCAGCUAUGCACCCAGUGUAUCACCGUGUUGUACGUGUGGCUAAUCAACUGCUGCACGGAAACAGAGACAUUCCUGAGAUUCACGAAGUCACAUGGUCAGUGUCGGUUAUUGACAGUCCCAUGAAGAAUGCCUUUGUGAUGCCUAAUGGACAGAUUUUUGUUUUUGCUGGCAUGCUCGAGAUCUGUGGAAAUGACGAACAGCUUGGAAACGUACUUGCUCAUGAAAUGGCCCACUGUGUCUUGGGACAUGGCGCAGAACAAGUGAGCUAUGCCCACCUCAUCGAUUUCGCCUUGGUCGGUUUUCUGGCAGCAAUUUGGGCCAUCAUGCCUACUGACGGCAUUGCUGUUGUAACGCACUGGUUUUUCGAAAAGGUUGUCAGUCUUCUUCUGAGGCUUCCUUACAGCAGGAAACUCGAGCUUGAGGCUGAUGAAGUUGGUCUUCAACUAGCAGCAAAGGCAUGCUUCGACGUUCGUGAAGCUAGUGCAUUUUGGACGAAGAUGAGCCUCAUGGGAAGUGCCUUAGAUGACGUAGAAUUUAUUUCCACUCACCCUAGCCACGAACACCGUUCUGAGUACCUUGACAACCUCAUGAACAAUGCUAUUGAACUCAGGAGGCAGUGCCAUUGCCCGAGGUUGCCACCACAGGAUCCGCGUGUGCUCAUGUCCAUGUUGAAGGAAGAAGUCAAGCAAGAGAGCCUCGCCAAGCAAGGAAUCGUUGUGUUGCAACCACCCCGCUGAAGUGGGGUGGGGCAGUCCUUAUUGCUCUGGGAAACCAGCCCAGCUUGCAUACAAGUGCAUAGCAAAUCCAGGUAAAGGACAUCACCACACACUGAAGUAACGCACCUGCCAUGCUAGUUGAAUGUUCUCUGCCAGACCAAACUCGAGCUUCGUACGCACUGUCGUUGUCCAUUGUGGUUGGUGCAGAACUGCGAGGAUUUGUAUCCACAUCCACGUUUUUCCGAGAACAUGAAAAAGCCUUCAUAUGCUUCAGGAGGGAAUUCAUGAGCAUUUGUGCUGCUGAACCAACACUGCCGCUCCGUUUAGGUGAGCUUCGUGCUCUUGGAAACCCUACACCAGGGAAGUUUGGCCACUCAAAGUCUUCAAUACUGACCGGUGACAUCUCAGAAGAGCACUCGUUUAGUUGAUCGAGGCCAUUAAUGCGGCGAAAUCGUGCUGUUUCAAGGGCUUCAAGCCAAGGAGGACAUAUACUUAAACACGGGUCGUGGGGCAGGUCACAGCUGAUACAUAGUUCACUUGCUUCCUGACUUUCACUGAUGCUGCAUUGUCCACAAUCUUGUUGCUUGAGGAACGAGACCUUGGCAUUCUGGCUGCUUUUGCAACGCCCCCUUUGUGACUGUGCGUCAUCAUCAGAUAAGUCAGUUUUGCAUUGAACCGCUUCAUUCGGGCAGGAGUCACAGUCAUUGUUUGACUGUUGAGAUUCAGGGAGCAUUAUAACCUGUGAGCUCUGAUCAAGAUCACUCUGGUCGUAAGAAGCAGGUUUCGGUGCAGGUUGAGCCUCCUUUAAGCAUCUCAAUGUGAUGGCUGGCUCUAUUUGGACAGUGGUAACUUGUUCUUGAGUCUCUGGCAGGUAUCUUUGGUUCGUGAAACCACCGUCAUUGAAAGUAGCAUUGUUAAGGGAAGCUUCUGAACAUAAUUUGCGAGUUUCAGUUGUGACAGUAUCACUUCUGCCAUUGAUAUUAUGUACCAAGCUUACUCGUUUGGCGUCCUCACUGGCUUCGUUAUCACCCUUGACACACCCCUCAUCAGCCUCAGCUCUAGAGUUUUCUUCAACAGAGUCCUCUUGAAGAAGGGAUGUAUGUGGCUCUGUAUCUUCGUUCAUCUGGGAAUCUGCAUUCUGAGAGUCUCCACUGCUCUGUGGUUGCACGCUGUCAUUUUCAUUCUUGUCAUCUUGCGAUUUGCUUUCUGUCGUCUUAGUGAAAUUAUCAGGGUGACGUUUCCGGAUGUUAGUCCGUUUUGCUGACUUCUUGCUUCCAAAUUUGGCCUUUCUUCGUUUUCUUAGCUUCAAAUUCUGCUGAGUCAUGGUUACUUUGCUUGUUGGCAUGCUUUGCUGUGUCGUCUUCUGCGUGUGUGGAAAUCUUGAUGCACCACAACGAUACCAGGCUGGCUAGUGGAAAUGUUGACUGUUCGUUCUGCGUAGAUGUGCUCUGUAGUUUACGAUGCAAAGGAGGUCUUUGGUCAUGGCACAGAGUAGUGGAUUAAGCUUGCAGCUAUUGGAACCUUCUCGAAUCACAUAAUGCACCAUUCUUCUGCUAUGUGUAAGAUCUAUGAUGGAUUGUUUUCUAUGAUUUCUAGCUGCUGGGAAAGAAGCUUCUAGAGUGAGCCCAUCACUUGUAUCGGCAGAACCAUUGUGAACAAGGUUCUGAGUAUUGCUCUUACUAUUCUGGGAGGAGGGGGAUUUAUUUGCGCUUAUGCUAUUCAUGACUGCAUGAUUGAUGGUGCCUGUUACGCUUCAGCUACAUGAUAUGCACUAAGGUUUAGUGCGCACACAGAGGUCUUCAGUCACACAAGUUCAUAAGAGAGAAAUAUUUAAUGACAAAAAGAUGAAGAGAUUGGUCAGAGCACCAGUCUCUGGCCUCUCAGAAUCAGAAUUUAUUAUUAAAUGUUUGGCCUCAGUAUGUAGAGUGGGCCUCAGGGUGCAGGUAGAGCAAGUUUGCCUAAGGUGCUCCCCACAAUGUUUAUGUUAACAAGGGAACAGCCGGUUGCUGCACAAUUUUUAAGCCUACAUUUUGUCUAUUACUUGUUUCAACGUUACAAAGUGACAAACCUGUCACUUGUUGACAUUCACAUUUCAAAUGUUUAACUUUUAAUGUCUUGUGAGCAUGUGUGUAUCGAAGUGGAACACCCUUUCUUGCUUGUUUUCUCCUACAAUACCAGUGAUGGCCAACACUGCUCCAGUUGGUUCACUCCGCUGAAAAUAUAUGUUGAGUUGGCAA